CUUGUGUUUCUAAUCCAUCCUACACUUCCCUCUAAACUUCUACUUGAUUAGCUCUAAUAUUUACGUUCUUGGUAUUUUGUAUUGCAUUUCCAUAACUGAGCUGGUGCCUCUAUCACAGUCAAAACCUUGGUUUUCAUCUAAAAGGAACAGAACAUGGCUUCUACUCGUACAAGUGUAUGCUUGUUUCUUUCUAUGUUAUUGUUUCUCUCAAAUAUGCAUUGUGAAGCACAACUAUCUUCCACAUUCUAUGACAAAACAUGUCCAAAUGCACUUAGUAAGAUCCGAUCAGCUAUCAGAACAGCGGUUUCUCGUGAGCGUAGAAUGGCAGCAUCACUCGUUCGGCUCCAUUUCCAUGAUUGUUUUGUUCAGGGUUGUGAUGCAUCAAUCUUGCUUGAUGAUGCUCCCUCAAUAUCGAGCGAGAAAAAGGCAAUAAACAAUGAUCAUUCAAUUAGAGGAUACGAGGUCAUUGAUGAUGCCAAGUCCCAAGUAGAGAGCAUUUGUCCUGGCAUUGUAUCAUGUGCAGAUAUUGUUGCAGUUGCUGCUCGUGAUGCAUCUGUCGCUGUGGGUGGACCAACAUGGUCAGUGAAACUUGGAAGAAGAGACUCAACCACCGCAAGCCGUAGCCUAGCUGAGAGCAACCUUCCAAGCUUUAGAGACAGCCUUGACAGGCUAACAUCCUUGUUUGGUAGCAAAGGUUUGAGUCAAAGAGACAUGGUUGCCCUCUCAGGAUCCCAUACAAUUGGCCAAGCAAGAUGUGUGACAUUCCGUGAUAGGAUACAUAACAAUGCAAGUGAUAUCGAUGCAGGCUUUGCUAGCACUAGAAAGCGCAGGUGUUCACUUGAUGAUGCUAGCAGUGAUAAUCUAGCGCCCCUUGAUUUGGUGACACCCAAUUCCUUUGAUAAUAACUACUUCAAGAAUCUCAUUCAGAAGAAGGGCCUUCUUCAAACUGAUCAAAUACUCUUUAGUGGAGGAUCCACAGACAGCAUUGUUACAGAGUAUAGCAAGAGCCCUUCAACUUUCAGUUCUGAUUUUGCUGCUGCCAUGGUAAAGAUGGGAGAUAUUGAUCCUAAGACUGGUUCUGAAGGACAGAUUCGAAAGUUUUGCAAUGUUGUCAAUUAAAUUGUCAGCUAAUUUGCUUGUUAGUUUUAUUCGUUUGGUGUGUCAAUUUUUUCCUAGUUCAUUCUUCUCGAAUUAAACAAUAAAUAGUGGGUGUGUAAAAUGAGUUUAACGAUUCUCAUGGCACCCUACUAGUUCAUUAUAAUUUGUGUAAUCAUUUUCAAAGUACAACAAAUGUA